AUGGUGAACAGCAGUAAAACUAAGCCGACAGAACUUGUCGACGACAGAAAUUGUGGGACAGAAGGAACUCUUGUGAUUAACAACGGAUCCAUUACAUUCCAACAUUCAGGAUCGCCUGUUUUCCGGGUCCAGGUAGCAGUUCCAUCGUGUCACGUGACCAUGGCUCGCCCCGCUAUGAACGAAGAAUUUGCUCUUGUUGAUCUCCCUGCAGAAUAUGUGAGUAUGCCUGACGGACAAGUUUGCCCGGACCAUUUCAGAGGAUGGCUCCUAAAGUGGACGAAUUACAUCAAAGGAUAUCAAAAACGAUGGUUUGUCCUUUCAAACGGCCUUCUUUCUUACUACAGAAGCCAAGCCGAGAUGGCACAUACGUGUCGAGGAACAAUAAACUUGGCCGGUGCUUUCAUCGAUUCGGAAGACUCUUGUAGUUUUGUCAUUUCUAAUGGAGGUACACAGAUUUUCUACAUGAGAGCCAGUUCUGAGGUUGAACGACAAAGAUGGGUGACAGCUCUGGAAUUGGCUAAAGCGAAGGCUAUCAAAAUGCUAGAGUCAGAUGAGGAGGAGGAUACCAACAGUGAAAAAGCUGAGAACAUCAAACCACUGAAUGCCAAGCUUGAAGACCUACAGACUUGCAAUGAUCUUGUAGGCAAGCAUGGCUCAGCCUUGCAGCGUUCCAUUGUCGAGCUUCAGGAGGUGGAAGAUAAUCCUUCCUUGUCUGCAAAACUCAAGUUUGUGAAUGAAAAAGCUACUCUUUUUCGGAUAACAGCAAAUGCCAUGAUAAGUGCAUGUGCAGAGUUCCUGGAACUUGCUCAGACACAGGAAAAGAGGUGGCAGAAGAGUUUACAGCUAGAGCGUCAGCGAAGAGUAAAUCUUGAAGAGACUGUAGAAGCCUUAGCUAAACAGCACAAUAUCCUUGAGAGAGCUUGUCGAAAAAAUACAUCUGGAAAGUUACCUGAUUUACCAGAAUCUGAACUGGGUCGUGACAGUGACGAUGAAGAGGAGUUGGAAGAAGAUGAGGAAAAUGCUGAAUUUUUUGACGCAAUAGCAGAACACCCUGAAGGGUUCACAUUAUCUGUUAGCAAAAGCCGUGAGAGUUUACAAAGCUCUAGUUCAGAGCAGAGUGUUGGUAUGGAUGGAGAGAAUGCCAAACCCCUAUUGGCAAGAACUUUGUCAGAUACAACUGGACAAGCUACUGCAGAAAUAAAACAGGAAGCAUCUAAGGACAGUGUAACUGGAACAUCUGAAACAUCAACUGUUAAGGACACAGAAGGAUUAGAUCUUUUCAGAGAUGGUAGAUCCAUCAGUACUGGUUCAAAUAACAAGGCAGUCAUGGCUCCUUUUACUGUUGGAGGCUCCUUUGCUGUCACUCAAUCUACUGAAAGGCUUGGGACAAAGCAAUUCAGGAAUGAGAUUCCAGAUAAACCAGACAUCAGCAUAAACUUGUGGAGCAUUCUGAAGAAUUGUAUAGGAAAAGAGUUAUCUAAAAUACCCAUGCCUGUGAACUUCAAUGAGCCAAUUUCAAUGCUUCAGAGGCUCACAGAAGAGCUUGAAUACACAGAUCUUUUAGACAAGGCUGCAGCAUGUGAAACAUCUACAGAACAGAUGUGCUAUGUAGCAGCAUUUACAACAUCCUCUUAUUCCACAACUGCCGCAAGAACUGGAAAGCCAUUCAACCCCUUACUUGGUGAAACCUUUGAAUUUGAUAGAACAGAAGAUUUAGGAUGGCGAUCACUUGCUGAGCAGGUGAGCCACCACCCCCCAGCAUCCACCCUUCAUGUUGAGCACAAAGAGUGGAUCUUCUGGCAGGAAUUCACUUGUACAAGUAAAUUCCGUGGCAAGUAUUUACAAGUCAUUCCGCAUGGUGUUGCACAUCUCAAGUUUAAUAAGUCUGGAAAUCAUUACACAUGGAAAAAAGUUACUACUACUGUCCAUAAUAUCAUUGUUGGGAAACUGUGGAUUGACCAGUCAGGUGAGAUGGACAUUGAGAAUCAUACAACAAAAGAUGUUUGCCAUCUGAAGUAUGAUGCUUACAAUUAUUUUGGAAGAGACACACCUAGAAAGGUGACAGGAGUAAUUACAGACUCUUCAAAAGUAGUCAGAUAUGUUAUAUCAGGAACAUGGGACACUAAGCUGGAUGGAGCCAAAGUUGUGUACCAUAGAUCUCCUUCAAAUGUGAAGCAGCCAACAUCUACUCCACACAAGAGUCAGGCACAGACUCUGCCACCAGUCACUUUGUGGAAGAAAAACCCACCACUGCCUGGUUGCGAGAAAAUGUAUUACUUCACUGAGUUUGCUCUUGCUCUCAACGAACCUGAUGAUAGUGUUGCCCCAACUGAUUCACGGAGGAGACCAGACCAGCGGCUCAUGGAAAACUGUAAAUGGGAUGAAGCUAAUCAGGAGAAGCAGAAAUUGGAGGAAAUGCAACGACUAAGAAGGCGCAAGCGCGAGGCGGAGGCCUCAGAAGCACAGACAGAGGGAAAAGUUUAUGAGGGUUACAAGCCUGUUUGGUUUGAAAAUGUUGUAGAUGAAGUGACAGAUACUGCUGUGCAUGUGUACAAAGGUGGCUAUUGGGAAGCCAAGGAAAGACAUGAUUGGAGUCUUUGUCCAGAGAUUUAUUAAUUAACGUCACCCACUCAGCUGUUUUCUAGAUUCUAAUAGACCACUGUCGUUAAUGGCUGCCGGAUUAAUAUUGUUUUGUUUAAAUUUAAAUUAGCCCUUCUGGCCUUGCUUGAGAUAAUGUAU